AUGGCCGCUAAUGGAGGAAAGAAAACGUCUGCUAUUGUUAUUUUUGCCCUCUCUGUGCCCAGCGGAGCUUUUCAAAGCACUUUUUUUUUCUUUAUUUGUUCAUGGAAAUUCUUUGACACAGGCAAUUCUUUCAUUUUUUUUUUCUUUUCUUUCCUGUGGGAACUUUUCAUCCGGGAAAUUUGUUUAUCGUCUGCUUUCUUUCAAUAUUUUUCCUGCUUUUUUCCAUUCUCUUUUCACUUCUUUCAUUCUUCUUUGUUGUUUUUCUUCUUUCUUUUUUAUAUUUUCCUUCUUUUUUCCUCUUUCUUUCUUUCUUUAUUUCUUUCUUUCUUUCUUUCUUUCUUUCUUUCUUUCUUUCUUUGUACUUUUCAUUCAUUCUUUCUUUUUUCUUUCAUGUCUUGUUUUUCUUUCUUUCAUUCUUUCUUUCAAUUCUUCUCCUUCUUUUUUCCAUUCUCUUCAUUUCUUUCUUUUUUCUUUCAUGUCUUGUUUUUUUCAUUCUUUCUUUCUUUCUUUCUUUGA